CUUUCGCGCCUUUAGCGAUUUGCCCCCAAUUUUGUGCUGAUUAAAGUGAACUUUGUUUAAUGUAUUAAAAGCACAGAUUUAAAAGAUAUGCACCAAAAUGGAAGAAAUAGAUGAACUCGAUCAGUUAGACGAACUGCUACGCGCUGACAUUAUAGAAGAAACUAAUCCAACAGAAAACGGAACAAAGUUACGUGAGGUGGAUAUUUUUGAAACAAAUGAAACUUGUGAAGAAACCUUAGAGGAUCAGAACGUGCCAACCACGUCAGCUGUCCACACUGGAGAUACGGACUCCUCGGAUGAUGAAGAAAAAAGGAACUUCACUGAACGUAAGUACAACAACUACGGUACUCAGAUCAAGAAAGCUUUAGACAAUCAAGCAGACGAACAGUUAGAUAAAAGAAUCGAGUUUGAAAGUAGACUACGACAAACAAAUAUUGACGCUAAAGUCGCGAAGAAGGCUGCGUUUUCAAAGAAACCUAUCACAACAUCAGACCAAAGUGAUAAAAGUACUUUUUGCGUCCCCGAAACAAAAACAAAGGGUCCUUCGGACGUUUACACCGAUCCUAUAUUCGGAAUAAGAAUUACAAAACCAUUGAUUUCUAGUAGCGCACUAUUAGAUCGAAUGCAAGGACGAGAGGCGGUCAAUAUGCUUAGAGUAAAAAGGUAUGUGGAGAACGAAGACUUAUCCAAAGACUGGGUAAUAGCUGGAGUAAUAGUGAGAAAGAGUAGUGCUAAAAAGUCACAAAAAGGCAAUAAUUUCGUCAUAUGGACCUUAAGUGAUCUCAAAGAUGAUUUAAAAACAGUUUCAAUGUUCUUGUUCCGUAAAGCUUAUAAUGAAUUGUGGAAAACACCAGAAGGCACGGUUGUAGCUGUUCUGAAUCCUAACGUCCUCGAUAGAUCUCAGAAUUCUGCAGAUCAGGCUUGUUUGAGUGUAGAAAAUUCUGACAGAGUAAUGGUCCUAGGUCAAUCAAAGGACUUAGGUAUAUGCAGAAGCAAAAAGAAAAAUGGUGAACCAUGCACUGCUUUUGUAAACUUAACUCAGUGUGAACAUUGUAUUUAUCAUGUGAAACAAGAGUACCAGAAGUACUCACGAAGACAAGAACUUCAAUCCUCAACUAUGGGCAAAGGCAUUGUUAACUUGCAGAACAAAGUUUUUGGGAAAAGUACCUUCAUAUAUGGUGGUAAAUCCUAUGCAGCAUUACCUAAAGCAGACCAUAAAAAAGCGAAAGAUAGAGACCAAAAUAGGUUAAUGUCUCUCAGUGACUAUUAUAAAUCCGAAGGCGACAGCUUAAUGUCCAAUAGAGCACCAAACGGUGCUGGUCCAAUGACAGGAAAUAGUGGAAUAUUGCAUAGCCCAACUGCACAAAAGCUCACUGAUACACAAAGACUUAGCAGUCUAACAAAUGGUAAUAGAAAUAACAAUCUCUCCCCAAGCCAAAGCUUAGCAGAAAAAGUAUCAAAUUCACCAACUCUAGGUAAAGGAUUUGGUUUAAAAGGAAGCGGUAGCAUAGAUCUCAAUAUGACCUACAGUCAAAAAAAUGCAGAAAAAGCCAAACUCAAUGCAAUAAGACUUAUCCAACAAAAAGGAGGAAUUGAAAAACACAAUCCUAAUAACAUCAAAGGAACCGAGACUGGGAAGAAACGGGCUUUGGAUAAGUUGAAUAAUUCAGGAAGUGAUGAAAAUGAUAGUAAAAGAGUAAAAGUAAAUGAAGAGGAAGGUAUAAAACUCAAGCCUACAAUGUCAGAGAGGUUCAAAAAGAUUUUAGAAGCCACAUCGGCUCACGUAAAUUUAAUAAAAGAACAUGAGGACGAUGAGCAAGAGAAAUACUUCAAUAAACUUGAGAAAAAGGAGGCAAUGGAAGAAAAAAUGUUGAAUACAUUCAAACUUCCGUGUAAAGCUGUGAGAUGUGUGAAAUGCAAAUACACAGCCUUCUCUGCGGCACAGAUUUGUAAAGAUGAAAGACAUCCACUCAAAGUUUUAGAUACUUUCAAAAGGUUUUUCAAAUGUGCAGAUUGUAGCAACAGGACUGUCUCAUUGGAAAUACUACCAUUAAGGUCAUGCAGCAAUUGUAAGGGAUCUAGGUGGGAAAAAGCACCUAUGCUUCGGGAAAAGAAAGUUACAUCGCUGUCUGCUGGUUUGUCUAUUAGAGGGGAGGAGGAAACAUUUAUAGGAGGGCAGGUCACUGCAGGGAAGAAUAUAGAUUUGUUAGUUCCAGACAGCUAAGAGUACCUACUGGUUCCCGAUGUUAAAAUAUUUAUGUACUA